AAACAGCAGUUAAAUAAUUAAUAAAUCAUAUAAUGUCAUAUCAAAUAAAAGAAAAGUGGUGGUGAUAAAAAAAUCUGGGUUUUGAAGUAAAUUAACAAAAGAAGAGAAUAAGUAGUAGUAGAAGAAGAAGAAGGAGUAGAAGAAAAUGAAAAUUGGCCAUUUUUAGGGAAGGGAUUCAUUCAGAAUGAUGUGUGUUAAUCGCCCACUGACUUUCACAUAUGGAAUGAAUGAUGUAAAAAUACUGUUGGAUAUGAACACAGACAAGUUCACUGAGAAUGCAAAGCUGGGCUUCAUGAAGGACGGGCGGCUGGUGCCCUACGACAAGAACGAGGAAGAGUACAAGGUGCUCGACGUGGAAGAAGACGAAGUGAAGAAGUGCGGAAGGGAAGGGCGUAAUCGCAGGAAGGUCGCAGAAUGGCGACCGAAACAUUCUGUACCUUUGCCAUGUACACGGCGUCACCCGUACAGUCAUUUAAAUACUGGCUCCGGCCGCGGCAGCCUACACUCUCAGCGGUGGAUGUGCCCGAAGAAUCAAUCCAUCCAUCGCACAAUGUGCGACGUGUGUUUCAGCGCACGAGAAGUUCAGCGGAAAGAAGUGCCUCAUCGCCCAUUCCGCCAUGGACUGCGUGCUCAAGAAGAUGUUCGUUUAGCGCGGCCUCUGGCUGGGCGAACUGUGUGCAUUGGGGAAUAA